AUGACCGUAGAAGAGGCAGAGGCCGGGCCGAAUCAGGUGCGCUUCAAGCUCGUUCGCAUCGGAAGAAUAAGCUUCUCUCACGAUUCGGCUGUGCGUCUGAUGUUUCGUGAGUGGACACUGCUGGAUGAGGAACGAUUCGAAGCACGACUGCUGAUGACUACCACAGUCACCCGACGACUCAUGGAACAUACUGCGAUUAUAUACAAGAAAAUUUAUCCACGAUAG